GGUGGCUUAAGGCAAACUCGUCGGCUCCUUAUCUCAAGCGUUGUUCACUCAAUCUUCCUUCGUGUAGCUGUCAGGCAUUUCGCAGUAGAGAAAAAAAUAGAGUUGUAUAGCCUCUAAGUGGAUUGCAAACGUCUUGACCUUUCCGAACCACAUCCAGAAAAGCAGCAUGUAUGACAGCUCGUAUGGUUUUCAUCGAUAUCUGAGCGAACAGGAGUCAAAUACCUUGGAAAAGCACACAGAAAAGUAGUAGAGACUGUCAUCGGGACGCUGUGCAUGAUAUGACGAUCGGCAACGGCCUGAGGAAAGGGAAGUUUUGAAGGAAAAUAACGUACAGCAACACAAGCCGCAGUUAAUAACCGAUGUUGCCCCGCGAUGUAAUACCAUAAUGGCAGCCUCGCGAGAUUAUGUCAUACUGGUUCAAGCAGUAUUUGCAGCUUCCUUUUUACUUGCCUUUGCGCUGCUAAUAUCUGGAAUAAACAAAAGGAAGAAAUGGUUACUGCUUCCAUACAUUGUCCUCGGUACCAUCGCCAUGGCUAUAAAUGUACUGGGAGUUAUUUAUUUUGUAUUUUCAAAUAAUGAAGAUCCUAGAGGAGCGCUUGUGGUCGUUGGUGUUUCCGUUAUAACUAUUCCCCUUGGUAUCCACAAUGUGCUAAGUAUAAUUUCGCUUUUCAUGAAUUAUAAAAGCAAGCCAACGGAUGUUUCGAAGGAUGAUAGCAGCCAACACCUCCAGGAUUCGUCUAAUAACCACGAUGCGAAUCAUGAAGCGGGUGAUCCAUCGAAUGUGGAGACUAUGGAACCGAAUGAUAAUCAGAACUUGUCAAGUAUAUUUGAAACCAACGAACUAGCAGACACUGGGGAUUCCCAAAACUCCCUGUUUUGCGAAACCACGUUAUGAACGGGGUUUUUGGAAUGCAACUUAAUUUUAAAAUGAAACGUUUAUGAAAAAUUUGACGUUUCAAAAAACACGAAAAACCAAACAAACUUUUUUAUAAAACUGUUAAUUUUGGCAAACAUUGUAUAAAUAUAUACCUGCACUAUUUUUUAAAAUAA